GCAUCCGACUGCGUUAAUCUGUUUGUUUUUGAAAGCAGUACAGUAAAGGCUGAUGCUCGCGUAAGUAAGCAUGCGUGUUUACGUCCUCCUUUAACUAAUCGAUUCUGUCUGCCAUGUGACCGCGUAACCCGCUCACAUGAGCGCCGAGUUGCAUGAUCCGCUUUAAGUUUUUUAAAGUCCGCUGCUUCAAGCUCGCGGCUGACACGGGAGUUGCCAUGGCGAGCGGCGGCGAGCAGAAAGUGGUGCUGAUCACCGGCUGCUCCUCUGGGAUCGGACUGCGGAUCGCCGUGCUGCUGGCCAGAGACGAACUCAAGCGUUACCAUGUUAUUGCCACUAUGAGAGACCUGAGAAAGAAGGACCGGCUGGUGGAGGCGGCGGGUGACACAUACGGAAAGACCUUGACGCUGCUGUCCUUGGAUGUGUGCAGCGAUGACUCAGUCAGGCAGUGUAUUGACAGUGUGAAAGACCGCCACAUCGACGUUCUCAUUAAUAACGCAGGUGUGGGUUUGCUGGGCCCUGUGGAGAGCAUCAGCAUGGACGACAUGAAGAAAGUGUUUGAGACCAACUUCUUCGGAACUGUGCGCAUGAUAAAAGAGGUCAUGCCGGACAUGAAGAAGAGGCGAGCCGGCCACAUUAUCGUCAUGAGCAGCGUAAUGGGCCUGCAGGGUGUGGUAUUCAACGAUGUCUACACGGCCUCUAAGUUCGCCAUCGAGGGCUUCUGUGAGAGUAUGGCUGUGCAGCUGCUCAAGUUUAAUGUGAAACUCUCUCUGAUUGAGCCAGGCCCUGUGCAUACAGAGUUUGAAACAAAGAUGAUGGAAGAAGUGGCCAAGAUGGAAUACCCUGGAGCAGAUGCGGACACAGUCAGAUACUUCAAAGACGUAUACAUACCAUCGUCCAUCGAUAUCUUCGAGGCACUGGGACAAACCCCUGACGACAUUGCAAAAUGCACCAAGAAAGUGAUUGAAUCCAGCCGACCCCGAUUCCGAAAUCUGACCAACAGCCUCUACACACCUAUAGUGGCCAUGAAAUACGCAGACGAGACCGGAGGACUUUCAGUGCACACUUUCUACAACCUGCUCUUCAACUUCGGCUCACUUAUGCACAUCACCAUGAGCAUCCUCAAAUGCCUGACCUGCAGCUGCCUGCGCAGACGCACCAUCUCUCCUGACUGAAGAGGGCAGCAGUGAGGACACGCUCUCCCAAUUCCCUCAGUUUACAGCAGAACGGACGCAAAUCAAACACAAGAAUAUGAUACCUCAAAGGAACGAUCCACAUUUAUACACAUCUGCACACGAAUAAUUUGGAGGUUUUCACUUAAUCAAGUGAGUUGCUGUCAAAGCAGACAUCGUUUUAAAAGAGUAAACUGGUUUAAGUUAUUACAGUGAUUGUCUGUUUUGGAAAAACUAGUUUAUAAAUCAAACCGUACACCAUGACGGACCAUUCAAAAAAGCUAAUUGUGAUGCUUAUGAUGGCCAUGAUUCAACUGAAAAAAGAAUCACGUAGCUGCCUUUAUUUGUGCUAAUGAUUUACAAGUAAAUGUCUGUUUAACUCUUUCCCCGACGUUGACGGAACUUUCCAGCUUUCUGUGUUUUUACUGUCGUAUGGUAGGAGGCACUAUUAAGACGUCUUCCGAAAGAGUACUGGAUGUCUGGAUCAAAACACGACUGCCAGAGACACAUCUGAGAGUAGACAAGUCUGAAGCUCAGAGGGUAGAGGACUGACGCAUUGCUGCUGCCUGACUGCUGAGGAGUCACAAUAUAACAACAAACUUGGGAAUGCUGAACACUACGCUUAGGUACUGAGAAUAUAGUAAAUGUGGGUGUUGUGAGGAACUGGGGUUUUUGACCAAAGGUCUGCAUGGGUACAGAAAUGGCAGGGAAAGUGUGGAAAAGGGAAAGAGUUGGGGGGGGGGAGGGAGAAACACCCAGCAUUGGGGAGUCAGAAAAUGCAUGAGGAGCGAAAGAAACAUACGUUAGAAGGAAACGUUUACCUGAUUAAAGUAGUGAAAACCAUUAAAGGACAGAUCUGAGAAAUGAAAUGUGCGAGGAUUCCAGGGAGAUGAGAACUUGCUAAUUGAAUGUAACAUUAAAGUUGGAGAAAGAAAGGUGGAAAUUUGGCAAACGUUGAAAAACGUAAGGUGGUCAGAUAUGGGGAAGAGAGAGAUUAGUGGAUGCAGGGGGGGGUUCCCAUUAAUGUAAGGGAACUGGUGGAAAACCUAGAUGUGAGAAAUGGCGCAAUGUACAAAAAGUGCAUACAGAAAAAAAAAAAGUGUAAGAAGAAUGACGGAUAACCUUUAUUAAUUCAAUUUAAGGGGAAGAGAUCUACGUAAGGACGAGCUCUGUUUUUAAAGACCUAUUAAAUGUUUAUUGUAAAAAUAA